CUUCAGAAUUAAUCACGUUUUAAUAUCUUGCACAAUAAAUAUUUAAUAUUGGCAAAACUAAAUAACGUGGCGUAUUCUUUCCUAAGUCGAUUCUUUCUCAUUGAAUCUAACAUUAAAAAUCCAGUUUUUCAUCCUGUGUAAAACUGCGUAGUAAAAACAAGUAAUUUUGGUAUUGCAGGACUAAAUAUGUAAUGGAGCUGAAAACUAACCUAAACUCUGCUCAUAAACUAGUUCGGGUUUCGGAGAGACAGAUCAACCAGGGGAAACAUUCUCAAGCAAUACAAACCGAAAAGGAGGUUGUUAAGCUACUCAGGCUUGCUCUAGAAGAGUGUAAGGAUAACAAGAUCGCUGAGUCGAUCAACCUGCAGAUAGAGUUCCACAUCAAGCAGCAGCAGAUCAUCAAGAUCAAGGAGAUCAAUUACAGCAAGUACACCAAGAACCUAGAGAACUUACAGAGGAGGAUGCAGAAGGCCACUUUGCAGGAGGCAGAUGCACUUCAGGGUUCCAUCUAUAGAGCCUUCGAAGAGACAGAAUCUCUGCUAGCACACUUAAGACAAGGAACUGGAGAGGAGGAAGAAGGAAAAACUUCACCAGCUGGAGCUAAAAUGCCAAAGGAUGAUAAAGUAAUAAUAGAAGAGUUGCAGACCGCGAACAAUCAUCUUAGAAACAUGGUGGAAACUAUGUUCUCCGAACUGGAAACUUGCAGGAGUGAAAAUGCAGAGCUUAAGAACCGUAUUCAAGACCUAGAGCGGGAGAAGAGUUUAAGAUCUGUUGUAGAUGCUCCGAUCUCUAUUCUAGUACAGGAGAAGGUUGGAGAAAUCCCGACCUAUGAACCUGUAUACGAGUCCCAAGAACUGCCCCCACUCGCCCCUCUGGAGCUCCCCACAUUUGAUUUUAGUGUUCAUCAGAAUCAGUGACUUCAAGUCCUAAUGAUCUAACAGACUUAUAUAUCAUCCGAUAUUAAUACUUUUCUUUUCCAGAAGUGAACAAUGAAUGAAUAUGGUUGAGACAGCAGAACAGCUGAUCAAUGCGACAAAACAACUACGGGGAGGGGUCCUCUAAACAGAAUUAAACUUGAGAACUUUUUUACAUAUUCAUUCAUUGGAGAACUAGACGAUAUACGGGUAUCAGACGAACACACACCAGACACGCAAACACCCGACCCUACGGAUUACCAGAAUCCAGUGGCACACCAGACUCCCUAUCAACGCUUAGACCAGACAACCCGACCUAUGGAUGUCCCCCUACACCCAAACCUUUAGUUAUAAGGAACUUGAAAAUGAAAUAUUUUUCAAAGAGAAGAAUACAGAACCAGUGAUUAAUAAUGAGUGAAUGAUUAAUAUAUAAUAGGUGUAAAAAUGGCAAGGAAUGAAUGAGUGAAUACCAGUGUUAAUCAAGUACUGAUGAAUGCACCCAGUGAUUAUAAAAAAUCUGAAUGAUAAAAACCUUUAAUUCUGCAGAAACUCGAAUCUUCAGAGUGCUCUUGAGAAAAUUGAAGGUUACAUUUAACAGCAAGGUUCGAAAACCAAAAGCCUGGAAACCGCAAAACAAGCACAAAAGAUUUUUUCUUCAUGUCAAUUUAUUAUUUGUAUUUGUACCGCGCUGUAAUGGCCGGGUUAAGGAUGAAUUUCCCGGUGACGAAAUAAUUCUUGUAGUCUCUCUCUCUCAACAUUAAGUUGCUCUGUUCAACUUAUUUUGUAAUAGCGAGGUCAACAUUGUAGUCUUUAAAUAUUGUAUUCCUGUAUGCUUGGCCCUGGCAGAUUAUGAGAAAUAACUUCUUUUUUAAACCUAUGGUUUAUACCGAGUGAAUGUGUGAUUAAAAAGGUUAAGAUGUAAAUUUUAUUUAUAGAACGCGUGUCAUUUUUUCCAUAAUCGAAACAACCCAUUUUUUAAUAAAAUUUUAUGAAUCUA